AAUAUCAAUGUCACUAUUGUAUGAAAUUAAUUUUGAAUUCGGUCUAUUUUGAAGUGAGAUUAAAUUGAAGCAAAAUUAUCAAAAAAUCAACUGAAAAUCACACUUUCGAACGAAGAGUUUCGUCGAAGAAAUCGUGUAAUUAGUGAAAGAACUCUUGUUAGGACAAUUCAGCAUAUAUUUUCCAAAACAAUGGUUCUGAAAACUUGUUGCGUAUUUGGAUGUGAGGAUAUGUUUAGCAAGAGACAUCGCUUUCCGAAAACUAAGCCAGCUCUCUUUAAAAAGUGGGUUGCAUUGAUCAAGCCAAAAGAUUACCAAGAUUUAUCUGUGGACCAAAUAUACAACAGAUAUUACGUAUGUGAUGCUCAUUUCGAGGAGCAUUUCAAAGUUGGAGGACGAAGAGGUCUUACAAUUGAUGCGGUACCUACUCUUGGUGUGUCAGGUAAUACCGAUGAUUCUGAUUCCAUGAUUCAACCACCAAUUGAACAAAUUACCCAAGGAGUGCAGUAUGUUGCAGAGUCAACUCAAGAAAGUUUUUCAAGCGUUCUUGAUUAUUAUAUGAACAAACCAUCCACAUCCAAAUGCAAAAUCCAAAAACGACAGUCUGGAGGAUUUCAAAGUGUUAUGGAAAAAACAGCACAGGACUGUAGAAGCGAUUCAAUUAUACGGAAAUUGAAAUUUUCAAAAAAGAGAAAAAUGACAGAGCAGGAACUGAUUUUAUAUAAGUUGGUUCGCAAAUGCAGAGGCCGUUUGGUGCAGAAAAAAUUUCAGUUGAAAUCCGUCCAAGAACGGUUGAAGGCGGCUCAAAGGGUCAUAGCUGAAGAGGGGUUUCAAAACCUGUUGAGGCAUGUUAAUGAAACCACUCUAUGUUUCAUUAGAUGUCAAAUUAACAACCAAAAAUUGAAACCUAAUGCAAGAAGGUUUUCUUUGGACGAAAAAGUUCUUUCUCUGGCCUUAUAUAAAUCAAGUCCAAAGGCAUAUCGUCUCUUAAAUAAAUUAUUCAGUUUACCUUCCAUUAGAACUUUGUUGAGAAUGCUGCAGAAAUUGAAAUUUUUCCCAGGGGUUAAUAACCAUAUUUUUCAGCAACUCGAGAAAACUGUUCGUCGAAUGAAAUCUCCUCAAGAUAAAGUUUGUGCUCUUAUCUUUGAUGAGAUUUCAUUGGCAACAAAUUUAAAGUAUGACCGAGUUUCUGAUAUGAUCAUGGGGCUUGAAGAUAAUGGAUCUGAAAGAAAAGGAAAGUUGGUUGAUCAUGCUAACAUUUUUUUUCUUAAGGGAUUGCAUAAGCAAUUCAAGCAACCACUUUCCUUUACGUUUAGCAAAGGUCCUAUCAAGUCUUUACCCCUGAAAAGCAUGAUAACCGAGCUUAUUGAAAAAUGUCAAAGCAUUGGCUUGAAUGUAAUGGUCACCAUCUGUGAUCAAGGUGCCAAUAAUCAGGCAGCUAUAAAAAUUCUCAUGGAAGAAAAAAAAGCUUUCUGCCAGAGGAAUAAUAUUGAAGAUACCUAUUUCGGAUUCCUCAUAAAAAGUAAAGAGGUGGUUCCUCUUUUUGAUACCCCCCACUUAUUCAAAGGGUUAAGGAAUAACAUGCUGACAAAAGACCUUCAUUUCACUUUAAAUGGACAAAAGAAAAUUGCCAAGUGGGAUCAUAUUGUUAAUUUUUACAAUUUAAAUAUGUCCAAUCCCAAUGUGAAAAUUAAUAAUAAGUUGUCAGAUGCACAUGUUAUUCCCGGAAAAAUAAACAAGAUGAAGGUGAAGCUCUGCACGCAGGUAUUCAGCCAUGCAGUUGGAUCAAUGAUGAAGUUGAUUGCUCAGUGGCAAAUUCAACAUGAUCUACGUUUACCUCUGGAUGCUGUGGACACUGCUGAUUUAAUCCUGUUUUUAGAUGAAUUGUUUGAUUCAUUAAAUGUGACUCGAGCAACAGAGUCCACAGCUAAACCUUUAAAAAGGGCAGUAAAUUCAAAAACACAACAUCAUAUUUUCUGGGAGCAUGCUAUUGAAGUCUUAAAUAGCAUGCAAUUUUACUGCCCCCAAAAAAAAAAAAUUCAUCGUUGUACCUUCUAUAAAAAAUUUAUUGAAAAGUUUAAAAGCAUUCCUCUACUUGAGAAAAAAAUUUUUGAAUGAUUACAAAUUUAAAUAUAUCCUUACUGGUGCUUUUAAUCAAGACUGCGUAGAAAAUUUUUUUGGGUACAUUAGAGCCCAUGGGUAAGGAACACCAACCCAGAUGUUGAACAUUUCAUUUCAUCUUUCAAAACUUUGGUGAUUAAUAAUUUUAU